CAAGUCCUUUGACUUUUUCAUGCAUGUUAUUUUUUAUUUAUCUACUUCUCACUUCUACGUUGUGUUUUCUAGGCACUCCCUCAUUAUCCCAAAAUCUCAUUCUCCUUCACUGGAUGCUACUCCUCCAUCAGUGGUAGCUGCAAUGUUUUCAAAAGUUCCCUUCAUUAGCAAUGCAAUCAUGAAGGCUACUGGCUGCAGUUCAUUCAACCUGUUGGUCAACAAUGGAGCAGCUGCUGGCCAAGUAAUAUAUCAUACACAUAUUCACAUAAUUCCCCGUAAAGCAUACGAUUGUUUAUGGGCUUCUGAGAGUUUGCUAAGGCGACGCGUUAAUUUAGAUGAUGAGAAAGUUUCUCAGCUUGUAGCGCGUAUUCAGAAGCAGUUAUUGCCAUCUGAUAUGAGCCAGGAAAGCAAGAAUGAAAAUUUUUGUUCAAGUAAAAGUUAGUUCGAUUAUUCAUCUGUUGUAACUUAGAAGUUUAUAUUUUCAUUCAGAAGAAUGAUGCAUGCGCAUAACAAUUGUCUAAUGUAACACUCAACUUCAAAAUUUGGGUAGUUGGGAUUUUUGAACCAUUGUUUUAAACCCAACCCAAAAAUUCUCAACUACUCAUCUAUCGAUUACGAGGGUUAUGUCAGAUGUUUUUUUGUACAUGUAUUAUUUUCCUUUUAUUUAUGUUCCUAUAUGUACAGUCAAAUUUUUAAUUUAUCUGCUGUAUAU